UGAAAUGUUAUUUUCUAGCUCUACAAAAAUCAUUUUUGAUAGUUUUAUUGGCAUGGAACUGAAUAGAUUUAAGUAGAAUUAUCUGUUUUAUUUUAAAGAAAAGGAUUAAUCUUAAAGGAAAAUAAUUUAUGGAAUAUCUUGUGCUGCCUCAAAGGUUAUUCCAAUUGAUUAGGUUUAUUAUUUAAUAUGAGAUUAACACUUUAUAUAGAGCAUGCUCUGAAAUACAGUUUGUACACCGAUUUUAAAAGAUUUGAAAGUGACGGUCUAUGUGGGUAUAAUAUCCAGUUCAUUUGAGUAUGGUUAGUAACUAAAUAUAUGUUGCUAUAAACAGCUCAGUUGAUCUUAAACUUUGGUAUAGAAGUCACCCACUUAUAGUGUUAUUAGAUCCUUAGCAUAUCAUUCUUCUUGGGGGUGAAUGAGUUUACAUAAGCUUUACAGAUAUUUUGGAUUUUUGUGCUCUUGGCAUUCAAAUGUUAUUAUAACUCUUUUAUUCUCUUUCACUGCCACCAGGUGCUUUCCAUUAAUAUUUUGUUCGCAUCUUCAUACAAGGUGACUUCUGUCAGAUCCAGCUUUGAUAAGGCACCCUCUGGCUUUCCUUUUUCUUUCCUCUCUGAAAGAUCAGACCUCUAAGUCUUCUCCAGUCCUGAAUUACAGAGAAGCAGCCCUGGUAGUAUGUAUACCUGCAUGAGACAUUUCUGGUGAUUACUGUGACAGUUAAUUUCUAAUGCAAAUGUAAAAAGAUGCUGCUAAAAUCGUUAUAUUUAGUUAAAUCAAGAUGCCUAAUGAGAUUUCACCUCUGCUCAAUAUUCACCAAUGCCAAAUUUUUUACAAGCCAUCAAAACAUUUUAAUCGGUAUGAAAACUUUUAGCCUCCAUAGGCAAAAAGCGCCUUCAAAUGCAUGCCUUUUAUUGCCGACAACAUGGAUCACUUAGGUUCACUGAGUGUCUCAUAACAAUUUAAAAUCGAGAGCAUAUAUUUAAGAUUGGGGAGUUCAAUAUUUUUAUAAUUAAAAAAAAAUUUAAUAUUUUAUUUUCCCCCAAUUACAGGCAAAGACGGGUUUUAACAAAAGUUCACUUUUGUUUUAGUUUUUGCGUCCCCUUUGCUUUCCCUCCUCGGAGAACAGAACCGCCUCCGGCUGCCGCAGCCCCUUCGCCGCCUAAUUCCCUAACGUCGGGGCUAACGUGCCGGGCAAUUCUUUGAUUCUCCCGCCUGCUUCCCCCGCACCGUGACCCACGGUUCCUUUGGCAGCGCCCCCUUUUCUCUGGACGCCCAGCUGCGGUUCAGAAUCCAAGUCUUUGGUUUGUUUCACAGAACGUGUAACUGUGGCUUGCUGAGCCGGGAGCUCCUGGGCGGCCGCGCUCGAGGCUCCUUCCGAUGCCGUCGGCGCCUCCCCUCGGUUCCCGGAUCGGUUUCCAGGCCGCCCCGUCGGUGUCCGGUUCUCUGCCCCCGCAGGCGGGAAGCAGCUCUUCUCCCUUCUUGGAUCCCUCAGGGUACAGAGCCGGGCCGACCUGCAGACACAGCCCAGGAGUCACACUCUGCGGGGGCAACAGCCGGCGCCCGGCCCGGCUGCUCCCAGAUCCGCUCCUCCUCCGGCACGGGCCGGGGGCCAGGGGGGGCCUCAGAGCCGCCUUCAUCUGCAUUUCUCUAAGGAGACGGUUUAACAAGCUUCAGAGAGCUCUGGGCAGCGCGGCUUCCUAAAUCAGAAAUCCUUAAUCGUUUCUCCUCCCGGGAACGGCUCUAGAGCGUAAACGUUCCAACGCGUCCUCAGACAGCUCAGAGGCGAGCCCGCUAGCGAGCAGAAAAACUCCGUUUCCCAGAAGUCUCUGCAAGCCUCCAGGAGCCGCCUACAGCGAGGCUCCACCGCGGUAGCUAUGGAAACGGAGACAAGCCCGCUCCACCGAGAAGAGCCUUCAGGGGAUUGGUGGAGAGAGAGAGGCGCGGCCGGAACAGGCGGAAUUAAGACAGUCUGUUGAUGCGUCACUUCCGCACCUUCGCGGGCUCUCCCGUUGUUCAGGGGGCGUGUUCGGAAACGUCUUAACUCCUCUCCCAGUUUGGCCUCCUCCUCCGCCGCCGCCGCUGACGGGGCCCGAGUUCCGCUCCUCCGCGGAGGCGGGGCAGGGGCUGAAACAGGGAGGAGCUGGGAGCCUGCUUUCGGCGCUUCUGGGAAAGGGGCGGGGUCGAGAGAAGGCGGUGCUGGAGCUGCUCUGAGAGCCGCGCGUGCGCAGUUCCCUUCUCUCCUAAGCACCUCCCCGGCUCCCAGUUGCCCCCCUGCGGCGAGAUCCGCUCUGCUCUCGCAUCUCGCCUGCGUGGCAGUUCUGCCUUCUGACAACCUGAUUCUUAACCAAACGCAAAGCAUGGCCCCUGUGUUCCUGACUGCCAGGACCCGUCCGGAAUCGGUGACAUUCAAGGAUAUUGUUGUGGAAUUCACCCAGACAGAGUGGCAAUACCUAACCUCUUCUCAGAAGGAGCUGUACAGAGACGUGAUGCUAGAAAACUAUGGAAAUCUGGUCUACCUGGGUAAAGAUCACUUCCUGCAAUGAUUCAGAUUCUGCCAUCUUGGGAUGGAGGCAGUGGGCUCUUCCUCAAUAAAUGUCGAGGACUAUCUCUAAUGUUGGACAAGUAUUGUUUGGAACACAGAGACCAGAAAUUAUUAAUCCUUUUCUAAGAGAUAGAAUAAUUAUGAGAUUUUUGCUUUACACUAGUUGAAACUGGAUUCUGGAUUUGUUGCUACCAAAGCUGUAUCUCUCCAUUCUCUGUUCCCUAUAAUGCAUAGUCCACUGACUGAAAAUGUGAAAAGUUCUCUCCUUUUAACAGGUCAAAGGAAGUAGGAAAUGACUUUUUUCUGAGACCAAUUCUACCAUGUGACCCACUUCCCACAUCCAAUUGACCUUUGAAGGUCAAUUAUGGUACUGCCUGCGCCUUAAGAUGCCUGUUUUUCUCCCAGAGGUAAAGGGAGGAGGGGGAAAUAGGAUUAAAUUCUGGAAUGUCUCCAGUAAUUUCCCUUUUCCAAUGAAUAGGACUCGCAGUUUCCAAACCAGAUGUGAUCUCCCAUUUGGAGCAAAGGGAAGCACCAUGGAUGCCAGGAGGAGCCCAGAAAAGUAACUGUCCAGAUUGGGAGGCUACUCCAAAAACCAAGCAAUCACUUCAGAAGUUGGGCAUUUCAGUAAAAUAUUUAUGGCAAGAAAAAGGCACAAGGAAAAAUCUCUGUUUCUCCACAUUAAAAAAAGCCUGGGGUUGUGAUGCCAUAUUAGAGAGGCAUCAGAGCAAUUUAGAAAAACAUUCUCAAAAAGAAAAAAUAACUGAAAAUAAACCUACAAAUAAAUCUAGAAGCCACAAAUAUAAUAAAUGUUAUAGAAGCAUCACUCAAGGGCAAGUUUUUUUGGCACCACAAAUAUUAUCCCUAAAAACAAAUUUUUGUAAACGUGAGGCCCAAAGAAAGAGCAUGAUACAAUCUAAAGAACUGAUGAAAUGUAAGAAAACAUAUUCAAAAAAAAUAUUUUCCAAGUAUAAUGAAUAUGGGAAAUGUUUUAAGUAUAAUUCCUACCUUACUGAAAACCACAGACUACAAAAUGGAGAGAAACAUUAUCAAUGUAAUGAAUGUGAUAAAGCCUUCAGCAAAAGGGUCAGUCUUAUUCAACAUCAUAGAAUUCACACCGGAGAGAAACCUUAUGAAUGUGAUAUAAGCAAGAAGACUUUCCGUCAGAGCACAGGACUUACUCAGCACCAAACAAUUCAUACAGGGGAAAAAUAUUAUGAAUGUAAUGAAUGUAAAAAAACCUUUUGUCUGAGAUCACAACUUAUUCAACAUUGUAGAAUUCAUACCGGAGAGAAACCUUAUGAAUGCAAUGAAUGUAGAAAGACAUUCUGCCAAAAUUCACAGCUUAUUCAACAUCGGACAGUUCAUACUGGAGAGAAACCUUAUGAAUGUACUGAAUGUGGAAAGACCUUCCGUCUGAGAAUAGAACUUAAUCAACAUCAUAAUAUUCAUACUGGAAAGAAACCUUACAGGUGUAAUGAAUGUGGAAAGGUCUUCCGACUCAGUUCUCAACUUAUUCAACAUCAGACAAUGCACAGUGGGGAGAAGCCUUAUGAAUGCAAUCAGUGUGGGAAAGCUUUCUGCCAGAGCACAGGACUUACUCAACAUCAGACGAUCCAUACUGGAGAGAAAUGUUAUAAGUGUGAUGAGUGUGAGAAAACCUUCCGCCUCAGAACACAACUUAUUCAACAUUACAGAAUUCAUACUGAAGAGAAACCUUAUGAAUGCAAUGAAUGUGGGAAGGCUUUCCGCCAGAACUCACAGCUUAUUCAACAUCAGACAAUUCAUACUGGAGACAAACCAUAUGAGUGUAAUGAAUGUGGAAAAGCCUUCCGCCUGAGAAUAGAGCUUACUCAACAUUGUAAUAUUCAUACUGGAAAGAAACCUUUUAGAUGUAAUGAAUGUGGAAAGGUCUUCCGCCUCAGUUCACAGCUUAUUCGCCAUCAAACAAUUCAUAGUGGGGAGAAGCCUUAUGAAUGUAAUGAAUGUGGUAAGACUUUCCGCCAGAACACAGGACUUAAUCAACACCAAACAAUCCAUACUAGAGAGAAACAUUAUGAGUGUAAUGAGUGUAAAAAAGCCUUUCGCUUGAGAUCACAACUUAUUCAACAUUAUAGAAUUCAUUCUGGAGAAAAACCUUAUGAAUGCGGUGAAUGUGGGAAGGCUUUCCGCCAGAACUCACAGCUAACUCAGCAUCAUACUGUUCAUACUAGAGAGAAACCUUAUGAAUGUAUUGAAUGUAGAAAGUCCUUCCAUCUAAGAAUAGAGCUUACUCAACAUCAUAAAAUUCAUACUGGAAAAAAAUCUUACGGGUGUAACGAAUGUGGAAAGGCCUUCCGCCUGAAUUCACAGCUUAUUCAGCAUCAGAUAAUCCAUAGUGGAGAGAAGCCUUAUGAAUGUAAUGAAUGUGGGAAGACCUUCUGUAAGAGUGCAUAUCUUACUCAACAUCAAAAAAUUCAUACUGGAGAAAAACAUUUCAAGUGUAAUGAAUGUGGAAAAACAUUUGUUCAGAAGGCAGUUCUUACUCAACAUUAUAGGAUUCAUACUGGUGAAAAACCUUAUGAAUGUAAUGAAUGUGGGAAGGCAUUCCGCCAGAGCACAGGACUUGCUCAACAUCAGGCAGUUCAUACUGGAAGAAAACAGUAUGAGUGCAAUGAAUGUGAGAGUGCCUUUAGUCAGAGAGCAGAUCUUAUUCGACAUCAUAGAAUUCACACCGGUGAGAAACCUUAUGAGUGUAACGAAUGCGGGAAAGCUUUCCGUCUGAGUACACAGCUUACUCGGCAUCAAAGAAUUCAUACCGGAAAGAAACCUUAUGAGUGUAAUGAAUGUGGGAAAGCCUUUCGCUUAAAGACACGUCUGAAUGAACACCAGACAGUUCACACGGGUGAGAAACGCUUUGAAUGUGCUGAGUGUGGGAAGGCCUUCCGCCAGAAGACACAUCUUACUGAACAUCUCUCAGUUCACAGUGGUGAGAAGCCCUUUGAAUGCAGUGACUGUGGGAAGGCCUUCCGCUUGAGAACACAGCUUACUCAGCAUCACAUAAUUCACACUGGGGAGAAGCCAUACGAAUGUACCGUAUGUGGGAAGGCCUUCAGUCAAAGGACAGAACGCAAUCGGCAUUAUAGGAUUCACACUGGAGAGAAACGUUAUGAAUGUAAUGAGUGCGGGAGGGCCUUCCGCUUGAGCACACACCUUACACGGCACAAGAGGAUUCACACUGGGGAGAAACCCUAUGAAUGUGGCGAAUGUGAGCUGGCAUUCCGCCUGAGGGCACAGCUUACUCAUCAUCAGAGAAUUCAUAGGAGAGAAAACAGUUAAGAGAAUUAUCAUUGAGGGGAGGGUGUUCUCCGGAACAACUGCAUCAUUUACUAGCAAAUAAAUAAAACUUGACUAUGUACUAAA